AUGGUUGCUAUUGUUCAAAAACCCGCCCCCGCCUUCAAGGCUGCCGCCGUCGUGGACGGCCUUUUCCAGGACAUCUCACUUUCCGACUAUCUCGGCCAAUGGGUGGUGCUCUUCUUCUACCCAUUAGAUUUCACGUUUGUUUGUCCUACCGAGAUUCUUGCGUUCAAUGACGCGCUGCCGCAGUUUAAGGCGCUCAACACGACGGUCCUCAGCGCGUCGACGGAUUCACACUUUGCGCACUUGGCGUGGGCGACGCAGCACCGCAAGCAGGGAGGUCUUGGUCCUGACCUCAAGCUUCCCAUGAUCGCGGACAAGAGCAUGAAAAUUUCCCGUGACUAUGGCGUGUUGAUUGAGGAGGAGGGCGUUGCCCUUCGUGGGCUGUUCCUCAUUGAUCCCAAGGGAAUCUUAAGGCAAAUCACUAUCAAUGAUUUGCCUGUCGGGCGUUCCGUCGACGAGACCAUCCGUCUCAUUAAGGCGUUCCAGUUCACUGACGAGCACGGUGAAGUUUGCCCAGCCAACUGGACGGAGGGCAGCAAGACAAUUAAGGCGGACCCUAAAGGCUCCUUGGAGUAUUUCUCUACUUCCAAUGGCCAUGCAGAGGUCAAUGGCACAAACGGCGUGAACGGCGAGCAUUCAAAGAAGCGCCCUCGUAUCGACUAA